UAGGAGGAAAAUUGGAGCCCAAACCUGCCAUUCUCCUAGUCUCCAUUGUUAGAGAAAGUAGUCCGCCCAAAUCCAUCAGAAAUCCAUCGCGACGUCCUCCCGGAAGCCACCGGCAGCGCCUGAACGCCGGUGUCCCACGGAGCUCAAUCCAUCUCUCUUCCCCGGUUCGCGGCCUGUGGAAAGCGAAAGUGGUUGUUAGGGUUUUGCCGGCGCCUCUCCGAUGGCGGAAGAUGCUGGUAGUCGGAUUGAGGUGGCCAACCUCCUUUCCCUCGGCGAGGACCUCGUCGGGGUGCUCCUGGGCAGCAAGGACGGCGAAGCCCUUGCGCAGGCCUGCGACGGGGCACGGAUGCUGCGCUCCGCCUGCUGCUCCGAGUCCGGGGACCUCGAGCUCCAAGUCAAAGAGUAUGAGGAAAAAUUAAACUCCUGCAAGGAAAAGGUUGACAAGUCAAAAGCUGAAACAGUUACUGAUGAAGAACUGAACACGCUACGAAAUGAGAUGGAGGAGAAACUCCGGGGGGAGCAACAGCUUCGCCAAGACUUAAGAGCGGUGAGUGAUGAGCUUGAUAACCUAGACCGUCAAAGGGCUUCUAUAGAAGAAAGAAAGGAUGCUGUCAAGAAGAAGGAGAAAGACAUGCUGAAGGCACAAAGUAUGCUCUCCAUGUGUGUGUCAGUUACAAAUAUCAUGCCAGAUUUCGAAGAUCAGGAGAAGAUUUCUGGAUAUAUUGUUGACAAGAACAGGAAGAAGCUAGAUAAGUUCGAAUUUGAGAAGACAAUGUCACCAGUUGAGAUCGGGGACAAGCUUUGGAAAAUGAUGUAGGGCCUGGUACCUGCAGAUUGUAGUCAUUGUACAUUAGCAGCAAUUGCAUUUGUAGGCUGUUGUGCAAGGUAACCGCCCACCAAUCGGAAGAAUGCAACUCUCCCAGUUGCUUCAAAUGACCUAGUUGUAUGGCAUCCUGUUAUUCAUAUCUUGGCAAAUAUACUAGCUCAGCUCUGUUGUCGAUCUGGAUUUGAUUUCCUGCACUGGCAUUUCAUUCACUUUUAGUUUGAGAAACCAAAUCUCCCUUAUAUCAGCACCUGCUACUCCAUACCUCUUAGGCCUGUACGAUGUGUAAAAUGUAAUGUUUGCCCUGUUUCUUUU